AUGAGAGGCUUCUUUACCACCUCUGCCCUCCUUUCAGGAGCGGCGGCAGCGGCAGUCCGCUUCACCAACUCUAACAACACCCAUGACUACGUUAUUGUGGGAGGUGGCACCAGCGGUCUUGCUCUUGCAAACCGCCUGUCCGAGAACCCAGCCAUCUCGGUUCUGGUCAUUGAGGCUGGCGGUUCGGUCUUCGACAACGUCAACGUCACCAACCCCAACGGAUACGGACUUGCCUUCGGCACCGAUAUCGAUUUCGCUUUCAAGACGACGAACCAGACAUACGGCGGUGGCUUGGUCCAAACCAUGAGAGCGGCCAAGGCAUUGGGAGGAACUAGCACCAUUAACGGAAUGGCUUACACCCGUGCCGAAGCUUCUCAGAUCGAUGCUUGGGAGCAGCUCGGAAACGAGGGUUGGAACUGGGAUGCGCUUUUCCCCUAUUACCUCAAGAGUGAACACUUCCAGACCCCCGAACCGGUCCGUCAGGUUGCCAGCCACCUGGACUACGAAGUCGAAGCCCAUGGCGAGGACGGUCCCCUUUUGACCGGUUGGACCUAUGGUCAAACCAAUGGAAGCAUCCCCACAGUCUUGAACUCCACUUUCCAGAGCCUCGGUCUGCCUUGGAAUGAGGACGUCAACGCCGGAAACAUGGUCGGUUUCUCCGUCUUCCCUAGGACCGUCGACCAAGAGAAAGCUGUCCGUGAGGACGCUGCCCGCGCCUACUACUACCCGUACCAGAACCGUACCAACCUCAAGGUCCUCCUGAACACCAACGCUCAGAAGCUCACCUGGAAGAAUGCUACUGUCCCCACCGCCGAUGGUGUCAAGAUUGUGUCUACCGAUGGAUCCAGCAGCGUUGUCAAGGCCCGCAAGGAGGUUAUCCUCUCCGCCGGUUCCCUUGUCUCUCCUUUGCUCCUUGAGCUUUCCGGAAUCGGUAGCCCCACUGUCCUCAAGCAGCAUGGCAUCGAGACUGUUGUCAACCUCCCCACUGUUGGUGAGAACCUCCAGGACCAGAUGAACAACGGCCUCUCCUUCGAUAUGAAGAACACCACCGUCGAUGGCACUAUCACCACCGUCGCCUACCCCUCCGUCGCCCACGUCUUCGAUAAUGUUAAGGAGGUCGCCGCUCAGAUGAAGGAGGCUCUUCCUGCCUACGCCGCAACGGUCGCCUCCGUUAACGGCAACGUCACCCGCGUUGCCGACCUCCUUGAGUUCUUCGAACUGCAGUGGUCUCUCAUUUUCGAGUCUCAGAUUCCCAUCGCUGAGGUCCUUGUCAACGCUGCCUCGGGAAGCUGGAGCAGCGAAUACUGGGGUCUUCUGCCCUUUGCUCGUGGCAGCGUCCACAUUGGCGAGACGUCCACCUCCAACGCCGUCAUCAACCCCAACUACUUCCUGUUGGACUGGGACCUCCUCGGUCAGGUUGAAAUCGCCAAAUUCAUCCGCAAGCUGUACGGCACGGCGCCGUUCUCUACUUACGCCGGGACUGAGACCCGCCCUGGCGCGGAUGUUGUUCCCGAGGAUGCAGACAUUGAAGGCUGGACAAAUUACAUCAAGAGCAACUACCGUUCGAACUUCCACCCUGUCGGCACUGCUGCAAUGAUGCCCCGUGAGAAGGGCGGUGUUGUUGACACCAACUUGAAGGUUUAUGGCACUUCCAAUGUCCGCGUCGUUGACGCCUCAGUUCUGCCUUUCCAGGUUUGCGGACAUCUUGUCAGCACUCUGUAUGCCGUUGCUGAGAGAGCUGCUGAUCUGAUCUCCAAGAGCUCCUAA